AUGACUACGCCCUAUACUACACCUCCCGGUUCCUCGGAGAGACGCGCCAGCAUCGGCGAGACCUCUAACCCGAUCGUUAUUUCGUCACCUAGCCCCCAACUAAAACCAUUCAAGCCGCACCAGAUGCUCAUGCAGACUCCCGUCGAAAUCGAGUGUGGUCCAGAUCUCUCUAUCAAGCUUACUAUUCAUGAAGAGCUCCUGCGUUGCCAUAGCGAACUCCUCCAGGAUCGCUUCACCAAGGCCAAGAUUCUGAGAAAGCAGUUUGAACAGAUCGAUCACCUUCGUGACCAGAUCGCAGCACAUGUCUUCCCAGAGGUCACUGCAGAGGAUUUUUCAGCUGGAGAUCACGAAGAAAAGGCACUGCCUCUCAUUAUUCGCGCGCAUGAGAGAUUCCCUAUGCCUGGCUACGGACAGGCUAUCAAGAGACUGAUCGACGAUGCAACGGGAACAGAGGUGCAGUUGAAGCGUGUCAAGACACGCAUGCUACACGACGCCAUUCGGGAAGAAAAUACAAAAGUACGUCUAACCUACAUCAAUGCCUUCGGUUUGCACGCAAUCACAGAGAAACUAUUUGCUGGAAUCCACCGAAUCAACAAGAGGGAAUUUGAUAAAGCCAAAGACGAUGUUGUGCGAGCUGCAGCUCAGAAACGCAUCCUUCUACCAGAAGCGGAGCCAGCUACUAUUCAAUCGGUAAUGGGUUGGAUCUACAAAGGAAAACUGGACUGCGAAGACCCGCAAGAGCUCUACGACACGCUACAGCUCGCCACACGACUGGGCGUCAAGGCCCUGGGUGAGUCUUGUCACUCCAAGCUGUACAAUGCCGCCAAUGAUAGGAUCCAAGACGCCUUAGCCAACGGCAUAUCGCUCAAAACCCUGUUGGGAUACGGGCCUGAUCCAGGUGAUCGCGUCAUGGAAGUAGUAUUCAAGCAUGCAUUCAAGGAUAAUGACACACCGAAGAGGCUUCGAGAGAUGGUCGUCAACACCCUGGCCACCAACCUCAACGCAGCACUGUGGACUGAGAUCAAGGACGUGGUCAGCCACAGCAUGGCUUUGCAGAUCGUUGAGGCAAUGCUGGAAUAUCAAGAGCAAGUUGCAGAAGGUCUACUUGACCAUGCCGAGAUCAAGCAUGAGGAUGAAAGAGUUCGUACUGUGUCCCCAAUGCCUGCCAUCAAGGACUGA